AUGUCUGAUCUCGGUGUUCCUGAUGAGAAGUUUCUUGAUCUUCAACGGAGAUGGUUUCAAGAUGAAAGACAUGCACCAGACAAUUUCCAGGACCUUUGGAAAAAUAGAAUACCAUUGCCAGUCAAUGAAUGUCGAUAUAUGUUUGGUUGUGCAUUUGAAUCUAGUCUUCGUCCAGGAACAUGUUUUAUUCGAUAUCAAGUUGUUAAUGACAGUGGAGAAACACUUAAAAAGCCUUGA